UCAAAUGCCCAUUUACAGUCCAUCUCAGCAGGUGCCGUUCUAUUGGCAAGACUCGAGACUCGAGAGCUAAGCCUGGGCUCAUCAUCUGCAAUAAUCUACACUUAUAAUCCUGCACACCAAGUUUCUGUAGCAAUUUCUGCUAAAAAUCUUGCAAGAAAUGCCUCGGGUGACCCCAAUCUUGCGGAAGGGUCGCAAAGCACUUGAGAAUCUGGGCUUGGUCAAAAUCCUGCAGUCCGAAAUCAAACACGAACUCUCAACUACUCCCUUCCAGGACAAUCAAAGUGGUAAUUUGGGAGAUUUUAAGGUGGAUUGGGAUUCAUUGGAAUCGCAAGAUGUGGUUUUGCGGAGAAAAUGUGAGUCUGGUGAAGAGGUUGCUGUUUCAGCUUUGUUGGGUCAGGAGAUGUUUGCAGAAGGAGGAAUAUUUCCACGGGAAGUUUUGAUGAAGGUGUGUGUGAAGAAGCCUGGGUUGAACUCUGUUUUACAGUUUGAUUGCGGGGUUUCUGAGAAAGGUAUAGGUGGGUCACAGUUUCACAUUUAUAGUGCACAUUAUCUCCACUUGACGACAACCUGUCCCAAGCCUUCAGCUUACAGAGGCCCCUCAUUCAGUGAUUUGGACUCUGAUUUACAAGAUGCACUUAAGGGAUACUUGAUAGCCAAGGGUAUUGGUGAAAACCUAACUAACUUCCUCCUCUUACACCUACACAAAAAGGAGCUCGGUCAAUAUGUGAAUUGGUUACAAAAGCUUGAAUCUCUGGUGCUGGGAAAAUUCGAUUGACUUCGCUUAUUAACAAUAACAGCUUUGUUGUGGUAAAUGAGUCCAGUUUUCAGCUCAAAUUUCAUCGGAGAACUAAUCAUACAACUUCCAGUGAAGUUUACCUCAUUGAGCAAUUGUGAUGGUUUUAAACUCAGAGCUUAUAGAUGCAACAAGCGGUGUAUUUCUUAUUCUUGUUUUGAAUAGUAUGAAUAUGAACACGCUUCCACCAUUCAUUCCA